CAAAAAAAAAAGCUCAUCAAUCUAAGCUCCAAAAAUAUACAAAUAAUAUAUCAAAUAAAAUCAAAACAGAAGCCGGUAAACAUGUGGAUUAGUAGCCGCCUUUUCGUGAUUUUCCUGCUGCUCCAUCUCGAAACCACCUGCAGUGAACCCUUCGAAGCGCAUCUGCGCGGUCCUGGCUUCGUAAUGGAACCCCCCGGGCGGGUGGAGUUCUCGAACUCCUCCGGCGGCUGGUUGGAUUGCUCCGCCUCCGGCAGCCCACAACCCACGAUCGACUGGGUCCAUGCGGACGGUUCGGCCGUAACCGAGAUCCACGGGGUGCGGCGGGUUCUGCGCAACGGCACCCUCGUCCUGAUGCCCUUCGCGGCGGCGGCCUACCACCAGGAUGUUCACAACACGAUCUACCGUUGCAUUGCCAGCAACUCGGUGGGACGCAUCGUAUCGCGGGAUGUGCAAGUGAGGGCGGUCGUGGCACAGGCCUACAAAGUGGAUGUGGAGGUCCUGUCGGCGUCGCGCGGCUGCACCGCCAUCCUGCGCUGCGUGGUGCCCACGUUCGUCAAGGAACUGGUACGAGUCGUCUCCUGGGUUCAUGAACCCGCUAUCUACAUCUAUCCCUCGCUGCAAGGCGAUGGAAAAUUCCACCUCCUGCCCACCGGUGAGCUGCUCAUCCACAACCUGCAGGAGAGCGACGAGUCACAGUCGUUCCGGUGCCGCAGCAUGCACCGCCUCACCCGCCAAGUGGUGGUGUCCUCGCCCACCCGGUUGCGUAUUAAUUCGCAUCGCGGCAUCAUUUCGCCGAGCGUGGUGGAGCACACGGCCCAUGUGCAGGUGUCACAGGACGAGGGCGCGGUGCUGCUGUGCGUCGCCCAGGGCUGUCCUUCGCCCGAAUACAGCUGGUACACACACAACGGAGCUGGACCCCUGCCCGUGCUGAGCGGUCCCCGGGUCCGACUACUGGGUCCCAUCCUGGCCAUCGAGGCGGUUACCGGCGAGGACUCCGGCGUAUACAAGUGCACGGCCAGCAAUGUGGGCGGCGAGGCUAGUGCCGAGCUCCGGCUGACAGUGGCCACGCCCAUCCAGGUGGAAAUCUCUCCGAAUGUGCUCAGCGUCCACAUGGGCGGCACCGCGGAGUUUCGUUGCCUGGUGACCAGCAACGGCAGUCCGGUGGGCAUGCAGAACAUCCUCUGGUACAAGGACGGGCGCCAGCUGCCGUCAUCGGGACGGGUCGAGGACACGUUGGUGGUGCCGCGUGUGAGCCGCGAAAAUCGGGGCAUGUAUCAGUGCGUGGUGCGACGGCCCGAGGGCGAUACAUUCCAGGCCACCGCGGAGUUGCAACUAGGAGAUGCCCCACCCGUGCUCUUGUACAGCUUCAUCGAGCAGACCCUGCAGCCCGGCCCAGCUGUGAGCCUGAAGUGCUCCGCUGCCGGCAAUCCUACGCCGCAAAUUUCAUGGACACUGGACGGAUUUCCGCUGCCAUCAAACGGAAGAUUUAUGAUCGGGCAAUAUAUCACUGUGCAUGGCGAUGUAAUUAGUCAUGUUAACAUAAGCCACGUCAUGGUGGAAGAUGGUGGCGAGUACGCCUGCAUUGCCGAGAACAGGGCGGGCCGAGUGCAGCAUGCCGCUCGCCUCAAUAUUUAUGGUCUUCCGUAUAUUCGACUGAUUCCGAAGGUAACCGCCGUCUCCGGCGAGACAUUGAAUCUAAAGUGCCCCGUGGCCGGGUAUCCCAUCGAGGAGAUCCACUGGGAGAGGGGCGGCAGGGAGCUGCCGGAUGACAUACGGCAGAGGGUCCAGCCGGAUGGCUCGCUGACCAUCAGUCCGGUGCAGAAGAACUCCGAUUCCGGCGUGUACACGUGCUGGGCGAGGAACAAACAGGGUCACAGUGCCAGGCGGAGCGGCGAGGUGACGGUCAUAGUGCCACCGAGCAUAGAACCGUUCGCCUUCCAGGAGGGCCUGGCCGAGGGCAUGCGGACACGGACCGUCUGCGGGGUCUCCCGGGGCGACCCGCCCCUAAAGCUGAUCUGGCUGAAGGACGGUGAGCCGCUGCCGGACCUGCUGGGGGCCAAUGUCACCAUGCUAGACCAGUACAGCUCGCUGCUGAGCAUUCCGUCGCUUUCCGCCACGCACUCUGGCGAGUAUACGUGCGUGGCCAAGAAUCCGGCGGCGGAGAUCAAGUACACGGCCCUGUUGCAGGUCAAAGUGCCGCCGCGCUGGAUUGUCGAGCCCGUUGACGCGAAUGUGGAGCGCAACCGCCACAUAAUGUUGCACUGCCAGGCCCAGGGUGUACCCACGCCCAGCAUAGUGUGGAAAAAGGCUACAGGCAGCAAAUCAGGCGAGUACGAGGAGGUCAGAGAGCGCCCCUUUACCAAGCUGCUGGGCAACGGGUCCCUGCUGCUCCAGCACGUGAAGGAGGAUCGCGAGGGCUUCUAUCUGUGCCAGGCCAACAAUGGCAUCGGCACCGGUAUCGGAAAGGUCAUCCAGCUGAAAGUGAACUCCUCGCCGUACUUCUCCUCCACCUCCCGCUCCGUGAUGGUGAAGAAGGGCGACACCGCCCUGCUCCAGUGCUCGGUGAGCGGUGACAAGCCGAUUAACAUUGUCUGGAUGCGUUCGGGCAAGAACACGCUGAAUCCCUCGACCAAUUACAAGAUCUCAGUGAAGCAGGAGGCCACGCCGGAUGGUGUCUCCGCCGAGUUGCAAAUCCGUACAGUGGAUGCCACCGAUAGCGGUCCGUACUUCUGCCGGGCGAGCAAUCUCUAUGGAAACGAUCAGCAGCUGGUGCAGCUCCAGGUGCAGGAACCGCCGCAGCCACCCAGCGUUUUGGAGGCAGCAAUGAUCAGCAGCCGGUCAGUGAACCUCAAGUGGCAGCCGAAGACCCUGGGCACGGGUGACGUAUCGAAGUACCUGGUGGAGUUCCGCGAGGCUGAUCCUCUCUUCGUGGAGCAGUGGCAGCAGGUGGAGGUCAAGGACCCACCCACUUUUAAUGCCCUGAUAGAGAACCUGAAGCCAGCCACGCGAUACGCCUUCCGGGUGAUUGCCGAGGGCUCUGCCGGACGAAGUGCCCCGAGCCAGGAGCUGAUUGUCCGCACAGAACCACAGAGACCGGCGGGUCCACCGCUGAAUCUCUCCGCCCGACCUCUAUCCUCUACGGAGCUGCUUAUCAGCUGGGUGGCUCCGCUGCCAGAGCUACGACAUGGUGACAUCCAGGGCUACAAUGUGGGCUACAAGCUGGCCAAUUCGGGCAACACGGCCUACAACUUUACCUCGGUUUCCGGUGACGGGGAUGGCGGAAACGGAGAGCUGCUGCUGAGUGGGCUGGCCAAGUUCCAGCGCUACAAUGUGGUGGUGCAGGCCUUCAAUCAAGUGGGGCCUGGUCCGCUCUCGGAACCAGCUACAUCCCAGACCAUGGAAGACGUUCCCAGUCGCUCGCCGGAGGAUGUGCGAUGUGCCGCUUUGUCUUCACAGUCCCUGCAGGUUUCCUGGCAGCCUCCUCCGAUCUACCACACGAACGGACUUCUGCAGGGCUACAAGCUGGUCUUCGAGCCUAUUAUUGAUGACAUCCAACCUAGCAAGGACGAGGUAGAGUCACGAAAGACCACCGCUCUGACCAUGGUCCUCACAGGACUGCGCAAGUACACCAACUACAGUAUCCAGGUUUUGGCUCACACCCGAAUGGGUGACGGAGUGUUGUCGAAGCCCCUGUUCUGCCACAGCGAGGAGGACGUCCCGGAGGCGCCGGCGGACAUCAAGGUGGUGGUGAGCUCAUCACAGUCUCUUUACAUAUCCUGGCUGCCGCCGACGGAGCCGAACGGGGUGAUCACCAAGUAUAGUCUAUAUACACGGGUGGUGAACGGACGCGAGGAGCUGAACAACGAGAAGCGCAGCCUGCCAUCGCAGCAAGCCUAUUACGAGGCGAAGGGUCUGCAUCCCCAUAUGGAGUACCAGUUCUGGGUGACGGCCAGCACGCGGGUGGGCGAGGGAAAGAGCUCUCGGGUGGCCUCUCAGAUUACAACCAACCGUAUCCCGGCCCGGAUCAUAUCCUUCGGCGGCCUAGUGGUGCGGCCCUGGCGCUCCACUGUCACCCUACCCUGCACUGCGGUGGGCAAGCCCAAGCGGGAUUGGUUCAAGUCGGACGUGGUGCUGCGCCAGGGUGGCCACCACAAUACACAGAUUCUAGACAACGGCGACCUGAUCAUCUCCAGCCUAGAGCUGGGUGACGGCGGUAACUACAGCUGCCAGGUAGACAAUGGCAUCGGAACUGAUCGCCUGACCCACAUCCUGCUGGUCCAAGUGCCUCCUGCGGCACCCACUCUGUACGUGACCAGUGCCACCUCGAGCAGCAUCCUGAUGCACUGGAAAUGCGGCUUCACCGGCAACGCCCCCAUUACCGGGUAUACCCUAUUCUACAGGCGCGGCAACGCCAACACCGAUGAGAUGCAGCUCUCCCGGCAUGCCUCCAGCCACGAGCUUAAGGGCCUCGUCUGCGGCAGCACCUACCAGAUCUACCUGAGUGCCCAGAACAAGGUCGGCCCCUCGCCCUCCAGCAUUAUGCUGCACGUCCGCACCCAGGGCCAGUCUCCGGGUCAGCCUUCCUCCACGGCACUGCUGGCGCCCAACUCCACCUCGCUCCUGGUCCGUCUCCACUCCUGGCCGGACAACGGCUGUCCGAUCCUUUACUUUGUCUUGCAGUACAAGGCGGUGACCGACGAUCCGGAUGCUGAGUGGGUUAUGGUUUCCAAUGCGUUGAAACCUCAACGUCGUCUGGUGGUUCCCAACCUGCUGCCCUCCACUCUGUACCAUCUCCGCAUGGAGGCCCACAAUGUGGCUGGCGAGUCGAGUGCCGAGUUCUCUUUCGUGACCCUGACUAAGGACGGGGACCCACCGCCACCGGAGAUCGUGCAACGUGGCCACCGAGGCACAACGGUGUUCUAUGGAAACAUUAACCUGCUGAUUCCCAGCAUCGCAGCGCUGUCAGGAAUGAUCUGCACCAUCGUCAUGGUCAUCAUCUGCUACAGAAACAUGCUUAAAAAUGCACGACCGCUCGCAGAGCAAAGCGCCCACAGCCAGAAGGAGUCCCUGGAGAAUCGAGCCAACUCGGAGGCGGCCCAGAGGGAGAGGUACUACGCCACCAUUCACAAGGUGUCCAUGCAGAACAAUGAUAAGAUUCCAGAAACCUCCGAGGACAUCUCGCCAUACGCCACCUUCCAGCUCUCAGAGGGGGCUGCAAACAUGUCGCAGCCGCACCAUGGAGGUCCUGCCAAUACGCUGCUCCACUCGUUCAUGUACCACGAGCGGGCCCUGGCCGAGGGCUGCUCGUCGCCACCACCAGCCGCGGUACUGAACCACCAACCAACCACCACCCAUCACCACCACCACCAACGUCCACAAAAGACAAUUCAUAAUUAUUAUCAGACCUCACCGUUCCAUAAUAUCUCGAAGAACCGGAGGCGCCACUCCCGGAAGACGGAGCCGGAGAGCGAGGAGUCGGAGUCGGACCAGGACCAGCUGACCUCCAGCCGCACGGAGUCCUCUAAUCAGCACGAGGGCAAGAUCAAGCACAGCAUCAUCUACCAUGGAGCACAGUCAAGCACCUCCUCCGAUCUGUCACCAAUGUCCGAACAGAAAUCAUUGCCCCGCCGCGGCCGCUCCAGGUAUCAUCACCAGCAAUAUCAGUUUUCCACCAAUACCACACCGCGCCACCACAACAGCAACAAAAUGAACAACAACACAAGCAACAACAUCAACACCACCAACAUGAACAUGAACACAAAUACGACAGCCACACCAUCGACGAGCAAUUCGAACAAAAUUCUAUCGCCGCGGGGCGGCGGAAACCUCAAGUCCAUAUCGAGCACCUUCAAAUCACAAGACUCCAUUCAGUGCCACAUACCCACAUUGGUCAAGUCGCCAUCGAUCAGUACACAGCAGCAGAAACAGUUCCACAAACAGCAGGUCCAGGGUAGCACUAAUAGUAGCAGUAACAGUAACGGUAACAUGCCCUGUAACCCCAACUCGAACAGCAGUAGUUUGAAGCAACAGCAACCCCUCCUGAUCACGCCCAAGCUCCAUCAGCUGGAGGCCGGCAGCGGGCCGCAGGAGCUGAUGGGGCUGGACGGGAUCGGCGGUAGUCCCCUGGUAGCCUGCAUGCCGCCCUCCUCACAGUUCCGCCCCAUACCCCACAAGUCCUCGAUAAUGCCCGCGCAUGAGCCACCGCACCACCAGAACCACAGCAACCACCUGCCGCCGCACCACCCGAGCUCGGGCUCCACCCUGCUCAACCCCUCGACGGCCAUGCUCUCGUCCAAGUUCUUCACAGCGCCCACGCUGCCCAAAUAGGAUACGGCCAAUGGGGGGGGUGAAUAUGUUGGUGGUGCCAUGGAGGCAUUGGAGGGUUUCGGCUACGACAGCGGCGAGAUCUCCUGCACCUACAUGGACCCCAUAGAUCAGACAUGAGACCUGGCCUACGGUGAGGUGUGUGGCCCCCCCGAAGGAGCUCGUUAGAGCCCUGGACU